AUGUUAAUAUAUAAGAAUAGAGUUAUACAACCUCUAACACUUGAUAGUGUUGUUAGUUCUGAGGUUGUUGAAGACAAUAUUGAAAAGAACUAUGACAAUAUAGAAUUUGAUGUUGAUACUUUGAUAGAUAGCUUUGAUAUUUGA